GGUCCCUCCGGGCGGGCCGGGAACGCGGCGGGGCCGCGGCGGGGCCGGGGGGACGCGGGGCCAUGGACGAGGCCGAGCCGAGCGAGCGCAGCCCUUUGCUGAGCAGCGGCGAGCGCGGGCGGGCCGCCAGCAGCGCGUUCCAGGGCCGGCGGCUGGCCUGCGCCGCCGUGCUGCUGGCCGAGCUGCUGGAGCGAGUGGCCUUCUACGGCAUCACCUCCAACCUGGUGCUGUUCCUCAACGGGCCGCCCUAUGGCUGGGAGGGCGCCCAGGCCAGCCAGGCGCUGCUGCUCUUCAUGGGCAUCACCUACCUGGUGUCGCCGUUCGGGGGCUGGUUGGCUGACGCCCUGCUGGGCAAGUUCGGCACCAUCCUGCUCAGCAUGGCGCUCUACCUGCUGGGCAUGCUGGCCUUCCCCGUCAUCGCCGCGCCGCACACCCGCCAGGGCCUGUGCGGGGACAUCCCCCUGUUCCCCGUGGAGAACUGCUCCUCGCCGGCGGCCAACGCCACCCUGGCGCCCUGCUCCCAGGUGGGAGCCACCCGCUACUGCGCCACCGCCACCUUCGUGGGACUGGUCCUCGUGGGGCUGGGCGUCGGCUCGGUCAAGGCCAACAUCACCCCGUUCGGGGCAGACCAGGUCAAAGACCGGGGUCCAGAAGCCACAAGAAGAUUUUUUAAUUGGUUUUAUUGGAGCAUUAAUUUGGGAGCUAUCCUCUCUCUGGGAGGAAUUGCCUACAUCCAGCAGAACGUGAGCUUUGUGAUCGGAUACAGCAUCCCAACAGUUUGCAUCGGGAUUUCAUUCAUGGUUUUCUUGUGUGGGCAGAGCUUCUUCAUCACCAAACCUCCUGAUGGUAGUGCCUUCACAGACAUGUUCAAAAUCCUCACAUAUUCCUGUUGUUCCAAGAAGAGCCAGGGGCAGCACUCAGCAAACAGUGAAGGCCAGGGAGUGCUGCACCCACCUCGCAAGCAAAGCCUCUUUGACAUGGCCAAGCUGUCUCGGGGGGGCCCCUUCAGAGAAGAUAAAGUGGAAGAUGUAAAAGCUCUUGUCAAGAUUAUCCCUGUCUUUCUGGCUUUAAUACCUUACUGGACUGUGUAUUUUCAAAUGCAGACAACAUAUGUACUGCAGAGUCUCCAUCUGAAAAUUCCUGAGAUAUCGAACGACACCAACUCCAUCCACACGUUUCCAGCAGCCUGGCUGACCAUGUUUGAUGCAGUGCUUAUCCUGAUCCUAAUACCCUUAAAGGACAAAGUGGUGGAUCCCAUUUUGAAGAGGAAUGGCUUGCUGCCCUCCUCACUGAAGAGGAUUGCAGUUGGAAUGUUCUUUGUGAUGUGCUCUGCCUUUGCUGCAGGAAUUCUGGAAAGCAACAGACUGAAAAUUGUAAAGGUUAAAACAAUUAACCAGACAAUUGGGAAUGUUACAUACCAUGCUGCAGAUCUGCCAAUCUGGUGGCAGAUUCCUCAAUAUGUGCUGAUUGGAUUCAGUGAAAUAUUUGCAAGUAUAGCAGGUCUAGAAUUUGCAUAUUCAGCUGCUCCCAAAUCUAUGCAGAGUGCCAUUAUGGGGCUGUUCUUCUUCUUUUCGGGGAUUGGGUCCUUUGUUGGCUCUGGAUUGUUGGCACUGGUGUCUGUUAAAGAAAUUGGCUGGAUGAGCAAUCACACAGAUUUUGGUAAUAUUAAUGGCUGCCAAUUAAACUAUUACUUCUUCCUGCUGGCUGCCAUCCAAGGAGCCACCCUGCUGCUGUUCCUGAUCGUUUCUGUGAAAUACGAGCACCACAAGUGCAAGGUGGGCGAGGUGGCUGCCAACGGCAGGCUCUGAGCCCUGGCACGGGCCA